AUGGCGGCUCCCCUCCAGCGGGCUCAUGGUACGACCACGGUGGGAGUCUCUCCUUCUCCGACUCUGAGGACUCCUACGGCUCGGAACCCUGUUCCCCGCCGCCGGAGGGGAAGGGGAAGGCGGUGGUGGUGGAGGGAAGACGCCACCGGCGCCCGCGUCGUCGCCGUCGCGCGAGGAAUCCUGAAGGUUUCAUGGCUACGGCCUGCCGCAGCCACCCCUCGGUUGAAGGCUUCUCACAGGCCCCUCACCCCCGCCAGGUCACCGCCGGACGACGCCACCCCUCCCCGGUUGCUCAUCCGGCGCGCCUCUGGUCCGCCAGAUGCUGAUGGAUUUCAUCAAGUCCAAAGCCGCCGCCGUUGGCGUAGGCGCACGCUGCCCAGGCAGUCGAAGGCGAUGCCGCCCAACCUCGUCGGCAAGUGCUACAAUUGCAUGGGGGAGGACCACGUCAAGGCAGAUUGUGUCUUCCGCUCGAGGUGCCUCAACUGCGGGAGUGAGUGCCAUCGCAAGAGGGACUGCCUCUUCCCUCCCUUGGUCGCGGCGGCGACUGGGAAACGUUGUCGCUCCCCGGCCAGGAUGGCCGGUCCUCGCCGCGCUGCGCCCCGGCUGAGGACCGCGUCUCGGCAGCGGCCGGCCGCUCAACGUCCGUGCCUAACUGCUGCGCCCCGCCUACCCCGGAGGGUUCCCCAGACACCGCCGCGCCCGUCCCAGAUGCUCCCGUGCCGGGGCAGACGGACCUCGACGGGUGGGUUCCGCGGCGCUUCUUGGAGUUGGUCGUCGUGCCUCGAUGUCGCUCCGCCUGAUGAUGACCGUGAAUUCUUUGUCGCUGCUUGGUGCCUGCACCCGAGAUUCAUCCCUGAUGAGAAGAUAAUUUUCAUCCCUAAACCAAAUGUGCGCAUCCCCGGGGACGCACUCUACGUACACGCCGACGAGAUCAUCCAUGACAAGCUGCCUGGGCUGCGCUAUUUGGUACGUCUCCGUAUCGUCGAGUACCAGGACUGGAGCACCCCGCCACUGUCCGGCGACGAUGAGGGCUACGACGGCGGUGACAAAGGAUGA